GAAUUGGAUCUUGCAUAUUUGCUGUAUUACCGAAAAUGAAACUGGCUUUUCUAGCAUUUGCCCUCGUAACCUUGCCUGCUGUUCUCGGACAGACGGGAGAAUUUUAUCCGUGUAAAACGGAUUUAUUGUCCGCCCGAGGAGUCGUAUUUCCGCAGGAGCCGAAAGCCAACGUGCAAUGUGGUGUUGCUAAUCAAAUGAGUUCGCGUAUCGUUGCCGGCUCGGUGGCGAAUCCCAACGAGUUUCCUUGGAUGGCCUUUCUGCGGAUUAACUUUUGGAGUGGAGAUUCGGCCAUGUGUGGAGGUACAGUUAUCGACGGUCGCUGGAUUUUAACGGCCGCCCAUUGUACAUUCGGCGCCAUUAGCAUUACUGUCAUUUUGGGCGCUCACGAUAUUACCGUAACCAGCACCGAUGCCAACCGACAAGAGUUCACCACUCGUAAGUGGAUUGUUCAUCCGUCCUGGGGUUAUGGCGAUGUGGAGAACGACAUAGCAAUCAUCGAACUACCUGUUGCUGCAACCUUCUCAGAUUAUGUCCGACCGGCUUGUCUUCCAUAUGCAGACGAUCCUAACCAACUUGGCAAGCCAGUUACGCUCCUUGGAUGGGGCAAUUAUUCCAGCACUCCUGAUAGUGGAUUUAGUACCUAUUUAAGAAAAACAUUGACGACGGUCAUAUCAUCAGAGGGCACAACUGGCCAAUGCCAACAGCAAUCAGGAGUGGGAUUUUUUUCAGGAGACAAAAUCAUUUGCAGCGAUGGAUCUCAAGGCCGCCGCUUCUGCUACGGCGAUGAUGGUGGACCGAUGAACUUUUACGAUUCGUACUGGGGAACGUACUCUGUUGUCGGUAUCGCUUGGAUGGGAGACAAGAGCAACGAUUGCCAAAAUUCACGACUGCCCAACAUUUACACGCGAGUCAGUUACUACGUCAAUUGGAUUUACAACAACACAGAUAUCGUGCCAACUCCCAGACCUGUCACAACGACGACUACAACAACAACUACUACUACAACACGACCUACUACAACAACCCAGACCACUACAACGACUCCGACAACUACACCUACUCCAACGACCAAUCCAUCCGGAUUUGAUUGCAAAGGGAAACCGAACGGAGUGUAUCCUAACCCGUGGGACGAUUGCUCUCAAACAUUCUUUUAUUGUUCCAACGAUUACGCCUACGAAUACGUGUGUCCUGAUGCUGGGACCGUUUUCAAUGAAGUGCUGUGCGAAUGCGACUAUUCAACGAAUGUGGCCGGAUGUUGGAACGAAGUCGAGUGAUAAAUUUCAUUGCCUCGUGAUCUAAACUGUAACCUCAGCGAACUGUAGAAUUUAUCUGUUAACUGAUUUAACAGCUAGAUUAUCUUUUUGUUUUUUCUGUAGUUUACUAAAAAAAAAGUAUGGCUGAUAUUUAAAUUAAUAGUCAAUCAACUGACUAAGACGACAUUAAAAGUUUCCUCCAAGAUAUUGGCCAUACCCGGAUUUCGGCACGUAAUCAAUGUGUAUUCUUAUGUUGAACCCAAACAAAGCAUUUGUACAUGCGAUAUAUUUCAAUCUGAAAUUUACUAGUCGAACCAUGCGGUUUGCUGCUAAAUGA